AUGUCAUCUGGAAAAAAAUGUAAACAUUGUGGGUCAUCCGAAAUCGAAGUUGACCCUGCGAGAGGAGAUGCUGUGUGUACAAACUGUGGAUCUGUCCUCGAAGAUAGUAUUAUUGUAGCUGAUAUUGAGUUUCAAGAGACUGCACAUGGUGGAGCCUCAGUUAUUGGCCAGUUUGUGUCAGCUGAAUCAAAGGGAGGCGCAUCAGGAUUUGGAAGAGCAUUCAAUUCUGGAAUAGGCCAAGAAUCUAGAGAGGUCACAUUACGGAGAGCAAGAGAUGGAAUCACAGCAUUGUGCCAACAGCUGCGUUUAAAUCAGCAAUGUAUUGAUAUUGCGUGUAAUUUCUUCAAGUUGGCACUUAUGCGUCACCUGACUAUUGGACGACCGUCAGCACUCACACAGGCUGCGUGUGUUUAUAUGAUGUGUAGAACAGAAGGGACUGCUCAUCUAUUAAUUGAUAUAAGUGAUGCACUGCAGAUAUGUUGUUAUCAACUGGGUCGCACAUACUUCAAACUCUCGAAGACUCUCUGCAUCAACAUUCCACCAACUGAGAGCCUUUAUACAACACCCAUAUCACAUUAUGGUACUUAA